AUGGCUGAGCUAGUCGGUGUCGUGUCUAGCGCCAUCACAUUUGCAACGUUUGCAGUCCAAGUCAGCAAAUCUGUUCAGACACUUAAGGGCUAUUGGGAUUCGAUACGCGAUGCACCAGAUGAUCUCAAAUGGCUUCUGAGAGAGGUGGAGAUGCUCGGAUCCAUAAUAGCUGAUGUUGACAAGGACUUGUCACAAGGAUCUGUCCCCUUAGGUCUGAGAGAUAGCCAGCAUGUUACACAAAGCUUGCAUCUCUGUGAAGAGGCUGUGGAAUGCUUGGAGUCACUUUGCAAGGACUUAUUACAGGGCAUCGGCUCAUCUAGCCGAAUGCGUAGGUCCUACCAGGCCGCAAAAAUUAUACUACACGAAAGGAGGAUUGAGAAGCACAUUUCAAAGCUACAUAGCGUGGUCCGGCUACUUAUGCUAUCCCAGCAAUGCUACAUCAGAGCGGUGAUACAAGUUCAACCGAGCUUGAUCGCCGAGGAAAUAAGAAACUUGGGGGUAGCUUCCUCUCACACACUUAUUGCAGAACAUGUUUCAGCACCUCAUUUGGGGGCGUCGAAAUUGCAGAAAGGACAGUUUCGGCCUCACAAAGGCAGAUUUUUUUGGCUUCUCCGGGCCCCGCAUUGGAUGACAUCUCGCGUAUUGGAGAUAUCGGGGAUGAAAACUCUCUCCGGAUGGGACUGGAGUUUUCGGACAUACAGUGAGGUGCGCUGGGCUAGUGACUUUGAUUGUGAUUUAAGAGAAGGAAGGAUAGAGAAUAUCCAGCAUCGCUUUGCCUCGGGAGAGCUCUCACCAUUCUUCCGCGUGCAGGGUAGCGGACGAAGUCUACUACAUUAUGCGGUCUGCGCUGGUAGAAAUAAUCAAAUGGUUGACUUUCUCCUGGAGCAAGGAGUGGACCCAUCCAUCGAAGGGGGACUCUCCACGUCGAAGACGCCCCUUCGGCUCGUCUUAGAGAUUGGGAGACAGGCGGCAUCAAAUAAACUCUACCCGCUUUUACCCUACCUACGUUGCCUACUUCACCAUUCACAACACCUCGUCUAUGAUAAUGCCGAAGAAGCAGUCAAUGGAAUCUUAUCCGAGUUUCAUGGCACAUCUGAGGAAUUCAGAUUCUUGCAGCAGCACUGCUGUCCCACAUUCUAUCAAAUGCCACGGUGGGCCCGGAUAAAGGUAGCAGCGCAGAUUGUUUGUGACGCAAACCAUUCUUAUUACGCCGAAGAAGCAAACAAUACCCCUGACUUGAUUAAAACGGUCCUCAGCAAAGAUAUAUUAGAAGUGAAAACCUUCCAGGCGAAGUUCACUCUACCUUUUACUCCAAAAGAAACGACCUUGAUGCACUUUCUUGUCCACGGACCCUAUCUCGUCCGCACGGCCGAGAUCGAGGGCGAUACCAUCUACAUCACUGGUGACUGGGACGAAGAAACUGACGUCGAGAUCUGGGCUCCCAAGAAAGUGAAGAGUGUCUCAUUCAAUGGCUCGAAGCUCAAGAUCACGAAGUCUAAGCACGGAACCCUAGUUGGACCAUUCCUUAUGGCUGGAAGGAGUGGAAAAUCCAAAUUCAACUGUAAUCGACUUGAGACAUCAACGCUAGCUGCCAAUUAA